UAGAAAAAUAAGAAAAGGCAGUGUCAGAAAAGGGAGCCAAAAUGGGCCGGCCAGCCCACAACUCUCCGACGAAUCGGUUGUGUUUCCGAGACAAUAAGCUAUAUAUUUGAUUUCCCGAUUCCAUUGUCGUUAUUUGAGUGUUCCUUUUUUCAGAAAAAAAAAAGAAAAAAGAAAAAAGAUGAAGGUUCUCCACCGGGCUAUGCUGGAGCCGUAGCACACAGAGAUCCAUUCUCAAUUCUCAUUUUCCUUUCAUCUUUUUUUCUUUUUCCCUUUUUCUUCUUUUUGUCUUCAGGAAAAUUUCUCCCCUCCAAUCGGAGUGCAGAGAUACAGCGAGCAGAGAGAGACAGGAGCUUCGGUGGUCACUGUCACCAGGAGCCAUGGCUUUUCAGCGGCGGCGCAACCACUAUUAUCAUCGCUUUAGAUUCUUGAUCCCAUUCAUUUCGGCCACUUUCGGUGCCCUCCUUCUCUUCUUUGCACUUCUCUCCUUUCUCGCUCCUACUCCCAUUGAUUCCGAUCAUCCCCGCCGCAUUCUUCCGGUUAAGUUCGAUGCUGCUUCCGACGAGGCGAUUGAAGUUUCGCAUUUUCGUGUUCCGCGCAAUGGAGCGAGAUCCGGUCGUGAUCUUUGGACUUCCAGAAAUGCGAAGUUCUACUCUGGAUGUAGUAAUGCUAGCAACAAGUUCCAGAAAGUUAAUGUUAUUACGCAUCCGAAUCGUUACUUGGUGAUAGCUACCAGUGGAGGUUUAAAUCAACAAAGAACUGGGAUAACAGAUGCAGUAGUUGCAGCACGCAUAUUAAAUGCUACUCUUGUUGUGCCUAAGCUUGAUCAGAAGUCCUUUUGGAAGGAUUCCAGCAACUUUUCAGAGAUCUUCAAUGUUGAUUGGUUUGUAUCAUUCCUGUCAAAAGAUGUUAAAAUCAUUAAUCAGCUACCAAAGAGGGGUGGCAAAACAUGGAAUACACACUCAAUGCGCGUCCCCAGGAAGUGUAGUGAAAGAUGUUAUCAGAACCGUGUAUUGCCUGUUCUUUUGAAAAGGCAUGCUAUUCAGCUAUCCAAGUUUGAUUACAGACUAGCAAAUAAGUUGGAGACAGAUUUACAGAAACUGAGAUGUAGAGUUAACUACCAUGCUUUGAAAUUCACAGACCCAAUACAGAAGAUGGGUGAAAAAUUGGUCCAUCGAAUGCGAGCAAGGAGCAAGCAUUACAUUACUUUGCACCUCAGGUUUGAGCCAGAUAUGCUAGCAUUCUCAGGUUGCUAUUAUGGUGGAGGUGAAAAGGAAAGGAGAGAACUUGGGGCAAUUCGAAGGCGAUGGAAAACAUUACACCAGGCAAGCAAUCCUGAUAAGGAAAGGAGGCAUGGAAAAUGCCCACUGACUCCAGAAGAGGUCGGUUUGAUGCUAAGAGCACUGGGAUAUGGCCAGGAUGUCCAUAUCUAUGUGGCAUCUGGAGAAGUAUAUGGAGGGGAAGAAACACUUGCCCCUUUGAAAGCACUUUUUCCCAAUUUCCAUUCAAAAGAGACCAUAGCUUCCAAGGAGGAAUUGGAGUCAUUUUCUUCAUAUUCCUCUCGCAUGGCUGCACUUGAUUUCAUUGUCUGCGAUGAGAGUGAUGUUUUUGUCACCAAUCUGAUGAAUAACUUUCCAAAAUUUCAAUUCUAUUGCAGAAGGUACUUCGGACACAAGCCUACCAUUCGUCCAAAUGCCAAAAAACUCUAUAGGUUGUUCUUGAACAGAAACAACAUGACAUGGGGAGCAUUUUCCUCUAAAGUUAGAACUUAUCAGAGAGGCUUCAUGGGGGAGCCAAAUGAGGUGAGGCCAGGCAGGGGUGAAUUUCAUGAAAACCCAUCGGCUUGUAUAUGUGAAGAUGCUAAGCCUCAUGUAAAGUCUGAUCCAGCACCCAGAAAGUAUGGGAAGAGUGAUAUUACACCAAGGAGAGACGAAACCACGACAGUAGAUGAACCAAACAAUGAUUACGAACCAGAAUGGCCCGACUUGGAUGAAGAGGAGGAACAAGUUGAUUUUCAAGAUAAAGGACCAUUCAACACAACGGGAUUGGAUUAUGAUGCAAUGAAUUCUGAGGAACCUGAAUUGGAAGAGAUGCUAUCAGACUAAACAAAGCUCUAUACCGAUCCUUUCUCAUGUUAGUACUUCGCUAACCCUUCUUUCAUAGAGAAGCUUUGCACCCCCAACCUAGAAACGAACUGAGAGUGAGAUCCCAACAGAACAUAUUUCAGACAACAGGACCUGUUGAUUUUGGUGCGUGUGUCAUCCUGUAUAUAAUGCCCCAUCAAGAGCCAAGAAAAUGUCUCCUUGUUUUGGACAAUCAUAUAACGGCCGCGGCUUUUAACAGUCAGAUCUUGUAUCAACAGUUUGAGCAUCUCAAAAAGUGGUAUAGUGGGCUUUUGCAAGCAUGUUUGGGGGCUAAGAAGGGAGUGCAGGAACCAGAGAAAUGCUUCGUCAGAUUCUUGAGGUAGGGCUCUCAAACCUUGCCUGAAAAUAUUUAUUCAGUGUGGUUCAUAUUCUUAACUGAUUUUGCCUAGUGAAUUUGGUGAUUAGGUUUUGCAUUUUCUUUAUUUGUAGGGAUGGAUUCUAGUUGAAUACACCAUCACCUUUAAAAAAAAAAAAAGGAAACGAAACCCAUCUUUCAAUUAUUGCAUUCUGGUCCCUUGGAUUUGCAGACUUUUCUUGUUGUUUUGAUGUCUCGAAUUAAUGCGAUUAAUAGUUAAAAGUA